GGGGAGAGAGAGCGUGGGUAGACUUGGUGAGUGAGAGCAAGGAGAGAGUGAGAGAGAUAAAUGGAAGAGAGUGAGUGAGAAUGAGUUGGUGAUUGUGAGUGGUGGUGGGUUCUGGGUGGAAACGCCGUUUCCUGUGUGCGGAUUUGUAACAUCCAGGCGGCCACAGACGUCGUCGUGGCGGCUACGAAACGACUCGAUCAAGGCGGAUAUGGACCCACUGCUGGUGUCUCUGUGACCUGCAAACACGCCACCUAAUGUGACGCGCGGGUUUGCCAAAUCCCCAGCUGUGUGGUAGCUCCGUCACGGAGUAAAUAAUAGGAUCUCUGCUGGGGAAAGAUGCCGCGCGAGGGGGUCCAAAGAGGAAGGGAAGAGCUUGGAGACGAUGGCGUGAUGGAGGGCACGGGCGAUCAUGGCACAUUCACUGCUGCAGCAGAUUACAAAGCCGCUGACUUGACGCAGCUGAGCUUCAGGCGUGGCGACCGGAUAGUCGUCCACCAGCAGAUGUCCAACGAGUGGUGGUGGGCUGAACUGAGCGGCUGCUUUGGCUACGUCCCGGCAAGAUAUUUCACGGAAAGGGACCCGCUCCAGGACCUGGGCGAGGAAGACACUUGGCAGGACGAUGAGUACUUCAACAGCUACUCCAAACUCAAGCUGCAGCAGGAGAUGCUGGCCGACCGAGUGCGCACCGAGACUUACGGUGCUGUCAUGAAGAGGAGCCGCGAGUGGCUACGGGGCAAGGCGGUGCUGGAUGUCGGCUGUGGCUCUGGUAUCAUCAGCAUGCUCUGUGCCAAGCACGCCCAGCCAUCACGGGUGUACGCGGUGGAGGCGAGCGAGCUGGCGCGGCUCACGGAGCAAGUGGUGCGGUGUAACGGGAUGGAGGACACAGUACGCGUACUGCAGGGCCGCGUCGAGGACGUCGAGCUACCCGGCAGCGUCGACUGCCUCGUCUCCGAGUGGAUGGGCACCUGUCUGCUGUUUGAGUUCAUGAUCGAGUCGGUGCUGCAAGCCCGUGACCGCUGGCUGCGAGAUGGAGGAGUCAUGUGGCCCUCAACAGCUGCCCUGUACUUGACGCCCUGCUCUGCUCAGCGUGAAUACGCGGACAAGAUUGGCUUCUGGGACUGGCAGUAUGAACUGGACUUCAGCCAGCUCAGGACUGAGGCGGCAAAGGAAUUUUUCUCCAAGCCCAAGCACGACCACCAGAUGGACCCAGACGACUGCCUGGCAGAGCCAUGCUGCAUCCUGCAGUUGGACAUGAGCAAAGUGCAAACUUCCGAUUUGGAGGAGAUUACUUACGAAUUUAUAUUCGAGGUCAAGAAAGCAGGACCUAUGCACGGGUUUGCGGCGUGGUUCAGCACAGAAUUUAAGUGCCCCGACUCCAACCCUUCCAUAAUUUUGGACACAGGACCCAUGACCACCGCCACACACUGGAAGCAAACUCUCUUCAUGUUGGACUCCCCCGUGGCAGUGACUCCUGGAGACGUCGUGGCGGGCAGUGUCGCGCUGCGGAGGAACCCAGUCUGGAGACGGCACAUGAGCGUGGCUUUCCGGUGGCGAGUCGCCCCGUCCGCGGAUGCCCCCGAUGCCAUCGGCGAGGGCGAGAAGACCUUUCCUCUGUGGCGCUGAAGAGCACGGUAUUCAACGAAAAAUUCCAGUUGCACAGUUCACCCCACACAUUCACCUUGUUGCUCUUGAAUAAUAAUCUGCACAAUUUUUACACCUCUCCGUCGUUUUGUUUAUUACAAAUCUGAAGAAUGUGACUGCUCAUUGUGUUUAUGUAUUUUAUUAUGAGAUCAGCCGUGUGUUUUGUCAAUUUAUAUUUUAAAUUAUUAUCGUGUAAUUCGCAACCUCCAUAAUAUAGCACAACUUAUUUCGGAAGGAUGAAACGAAGAUGAUCUGUUGUGUUUUCAUUGCUCUAGAAAGUUGUGCGUUGUGUUGACGAACGUAAAUAUGCAUUAGUUUGAUAUAUGUCACUAAUCGACUUGUAUGUCAAUCUCGUCAUUUAGUUUACAGGUGCUAUUUGUGUAACACGCAACUAAAAUACAAUGCCCACAAUAAAGUUUUUUUAAAAUCUGC